AUGCCCCCCAAAGUCGCCAAGGGCGAGUACAUCGAAACAGACACCGGGAACAAAAUCUCCCGCCGGUCUCAAAUUCAUGGAACCCAGCAUAUCAUCCUCGGCGGGAAAACGGUCAUUCAGGGCGAAGCUGUCAUUCGGGGCGACUUGUACCGUACAUCCACUAGUUCCAGCGCAAGCGGCGACCAGGCGGGACAGCAGCCGUCGACGUCGUCGUCGUCGUCGUCGCCGUCCGUCGCUAUUACCAUCGGGCGCUAUAGUUAUAUAUCGAAGCAGGCUGUGCUGAGGCCCCCGUCCAGGCUACAUCGGGGCGUGCAUUCGUUCUAUCCGCUGAAGAUUGGGGACCAUGUUUUUGUGGGGGAGAGGGCGGUUGUGGAGGCGGCUAGUGUGGGGAACCAUGUGCAUAUUGGGAGGGAUGCGGUGAUUGGGAGUAUGGCUAUCUUGAAGGAUUUCGCGUAUGUGCUUGACGGGGCGGUUGUUGCACCGGGCAUGGUGGUGCCGAGUUGGUGUGUUGUUGGUGGUGCGCCGGCGAGGAUUGUCGGCGAGGUUGGUGAGGGGUAUGGGGUUGAGGGGGCCGAGGGCGGUAUGGCUAGGGAGAGGUAUCGGUUGGUUGGGAGGUAG